AGUGAACGUGAUGUUUCUGUUAGACAGCGUGCGGUCAACCUUCUAUACGCCAUGUGCGACCGGACAAAUGCUCAGGCUAUUGUUGGUGAAAUGCUCAGUUAUCUCGAGGUGGCUGACUACUCAAUUCGCGAAGAAAUGGUGCUCAAAGUGGCUAUUCUGGCCGAGAAAUAUGCCACAGACUACUCGUGGUAUGUCGAUACCAUAUUGAAUCUGAUUCGUGUGGCUGGUGACUAUGUGAGCGAGGAAGUGUGGCAUCGUGUGAUUCAAAUCGUAAUUAAUCGUGAGGAUGUGCAAGGUUACGCUGCUAAAACUGUUUUUGAGGUACGUCGGCUCAGUUUAUUUCAUAUAAAUGUUAACUCUGCGAUUUUUGAGCGGUGGUUUUGGUUGUCGUCUUUUGGCUGCCUAAUGGGCUAA